GUUAGAUUAUUAAUGAAUGAACUAUUGCCCAAGAAGAAACUAUAUCUCUGCUGCUGUUACUGAAGAUAAUAAAUCGGAAUAUUUCAUCUACUGAUCAUUUGAUAAUUCACGAAGAACAACUGGAGUGCAGAUAAACGGGAAAGAUACUCGUUAAUUUGGGGAACGAAGGAGACAAAGAAGAUCAGAAAUGUCGGUGGUAGGGUUCGAUGUCGGUAACCUCUCUUCGUACAUUGCUGUAGCGAGGGGAGGUGGCAUUGAAACUAUGGCUAACGAGUACAGCGACAGGCUUACUCCUUCAGUAGUCAGUUUUGGUGAGAAGUCGAGGACACAAGGUCACGCCGCACGCAGUCAGGCAAUCACGAACUACAAGAACACACUCUCACAGUUCAAGCGGUUUAUUGCACGGCGUUUCAGUGACCCCUCAGUGCAGAAAGAUGCCAAAGUGGUACCGUAUAAAAUCACACAGCUCCCUAACGGAAAUGUUGGGAUGCAGGUGCAGUAUCUGGGCGAGACGGAGACAUUCACACCAGAGCAGAUUUACGCCAUGAUUUUGACGAAACUCAAAUCGACAGCAGAGAUUAACCUUUGCAGGAAGGUGGUCGAUUGUGUCAUCUCGGUUCCACAAUAUUACACUGAUCUGGAACGUAGAGGUGUAAUCCACGCAGCAGAGAUUGCUGGUCUCAACUGUCUAAGGGUCAUCAGCGAUACUACUGCAGUUGCCCUGGCAUACGGCAUCUACAAGCAAGACCUUCCCACUCCCGAGGAAAAGCCAAGGAACGUAGUCUUUGUGGACUGUGGACAUUCAUCCCUUCAAGUGUCUGUAUGUGCAUUCAACAAGGGUAAACUCAAGGUCCUAGCCAACGCCUCAGACAAGAACUUAGGUGGGCGUGACUUUGACUGGUUACUGGCCGAGCACUUUGCAGUAGACUUCCAAACCCGGUACAAGAUGGACGUCAAGUCUAACCAGAGGGCGUGGCUUCGUCUCAUGGCCGAGUGCGACAAGACCAAGAAACUGAUGAGCGCCAAUGCUACGCUUAUCUCCAUGAAUAUCGAGUGCAUCAUGAACGACAGAGAUGUCAGUGGAAAGAUAAGCAGGGCUGAUUUUGAGGCGCUUGCAGCAGAGUUGUUAAAACGAGUUGAGGUUCCUCUCAAAUCUGUACUAGAACAGACAAAGUUGAAGCCAGAAGACAUCCAUUCUAUCGAGAUUGUAGGAGGAUCCAGUCGUAUUCCUUCCAUCAAGGAAACGAUAAAGAAGGUCUUCAAGAAGGAGUGCAGCACGACGCUAAAUCAGGAUGAAGCUGUGGCAAGGGGUUGUGCUUUACAGUGUGCCAUCUUAUCACCAACCUUCAAGGUAAGGGACUUCACGGUGACAGACCUGACACCCUACCCUAUCGAACUAGAAUGGAAAGGAACAGAAGGAGAGGAUGGGUCAAUGGAAGUGUCCAGUAAAAACCACCAAGCACCAUUCUCCAAGAUGCUGACGUUCUACCGCAAGGCACCCUUUGAGCUUGUGGCUCGAUAUGCCGACCCAAACCUGCCCAUUCCUGAGCGUAGGAUAGGUCGCUUCAAGAUUAACGGCGUCUUCCCGACGACUGAGGGUGAGAGUUCAAAGAUCAAGGUCAAGGUUCGCGUGGACGGUCACGGUAUCUUCAAUGUGGCGUCGGCCUCCCUGAUAGAGAAGCUUCCUGUGCAGGCGGAGGACGCGAUGGAGGAUGGCAGCCCCGAGGAGAAUGGACCCAGCAAGGAGGAAGGAAGCGGAGCCUCGCAGGCAGAGAAUGAUGCCCCCAUGGACCAGAGCCCAGUGCAAGGUGGGGCUGGAGAGGGAGAGGCAUCGGCAGACAAAGAGGAGCAGGCAGACAAUGGUUCCAAAGAGACUUCUAAAGACAGUAAAGAUCAGACCAGUGAGAGCAGCAAAUCAGAUAAAGAGAGUAAAGAUCAAAACAGUGAGGGCAGCAAAUCAGAUAACAGCAGUACUGAGACAGAUGCAAAGGCAGCCAAGAAGACUAAGAAGACCAUCAAAACGCAUGAACUGAGCAUCACUGCUACCACUGAUGAACUCUCUAUAACUGAAGUCAACAAUUUCUUUGAAAAGGAGGGUAAAUUGAUUGCCCAUGACAGGCUCGAGAAGGAGAAGAACGAUGCCAAGAACGCAGUAGAAGAGUACGUCUAUGAAAUGAGAGAAAAGCUCUGUGACAAAUUUGAGCAGUACAUCUCGGAAAAGGAGAGGGGGAGUUUCAGUAAGCUUUUGGAGGAAACAGAGAAUUGGUUGUAUGAAGACGGAGAGGACGAGACUAAGAGUGUCUACCAGACAAAAAUUAAUUCAUUAAAGAAAAUUGGAGACCCAGUUGAGAACAGGUUUAAAGAAAAUCUGGAGAGGCCUGGUGCCUUUGAAGACUUCGGCAAGGCAUUAGUACCCUACAUAAAAACAUUGGAUCUCUAUUCAAAUGGGGAUGAGAAGUACUCUCACAUUGAGAAGGAAGACAUGGCGAAGGUGGAGAAGUGCGUGAAGGAGAAGGUGGCCUGGAGAGAUAGCAAGGUGAAUGCCCAGAACCAGAAGGCUCCUCACCAGGAUCCGGUUGUCACAGCCGCGCAGAUUAGGUCAGAAAUACAGAGCAUGAAAUUCGUAUGCGAUCCCAUCAUCAACAAGCCCAAACCCAAGCCCAAAGAAGAACCGCCCAAGGACAACGGUCCCACUCCGGAAGAAGCUGCCAAGGAUGGUGGCCCCGCCCCUCCAACCACGGAGGGGGGCGAGGAGAAGAUGGACACCAGUGACCAAGCACCUACGGGAGAAGCAAGCAAAGAAGGUGAAACCAAACCAGAAGAAACCAAACCAGAUGUGGAGAUGGAACUAGAUUAACGUUAAAUAUCUGUAGUGCUAUUCUUCUCUUCUUUGUUUUAUACGCUCGUCACGAUUGUGAUGGAAAUUGUACACUGGUCUUAAUUUUGUCGUUGAAUCACAGUCAAAGAUCAACGCCAUGCAUUAUUGUAGUAAUUUGUUGAUUAAAUUCCAGCUGUGAAUUAGUGUCUAGGUUAAAUAGUUGUCGCUACCAAAAUUUACAUUUUCCAUGCAUCUAGUGCCAACAUUAACUUUCCAAUCGAUAUCUUAGAUUGUAACAAAUAGUUUAAAAAUUGUAGUAAUGAUAACCCCAAAACAAAGCCAUGCUUAUGAACAAUCAGAAUUACUUGUAUGGUUAUCAAGUUUGUUAGUUGAUCAUCAAAGUAAGGCAAUAUGUGAUGAGAAGAAUACAUUUGUCUUUUCUCUCAAGAAGAGUUUUAAACUCAAUUUGCCCAUGAUGUGAAAUCAUUAAGAAUGUUAAGUUUGAGAUGAUUUUGUUGUAAUUUCUGCUGCAAUAGAUCAUGUAUUUUAUGUUUUCCUCAGAAAUAUUUUUUCUUUUGUGAAUUAAGUUUGUAGAGCAUUCAUCUGUUUACAGCUCAGGUGAAAAAGAAGAAAUUUUGUUUAAAAUUUUAACUUAAGCUUUAUUUGAGGCUUUAUUUCUGAUGCCCACUAGUAUGUUACAGAUGCAUGUAACUGCAUUAUACGUUUACUAAAUCUGGCUGUGAUUUCUGUAUGAAUCUAACUAUUUUACUAUACUUACAGCUUACAGCUAUAUUUUCUGAACCACAUACUCAUGUGUAUUUAUAAUGACUUCUUACUAAUUUGUCAGCUUUUGCACUAAUAAAGUGACAACAUCACAUUAAAACAAUGUGUUUGCACAAGGUGUAUAAUUUUUGUGACCUC